AGAACUUCUCACUUUUAAGCUCAAAACUAAACUUAGCAGUCACCAAGGAAAGCCAUGGGAAAUUGCUUAGUUCUACAAGAAAACAUGGUAAGGAUCAUGAAAACAGAUGGGAAAAUUCUUGAAUACAAAAAAACACCCAUCAAAGUCCAUCAGGUUCUGAAUCAAUUUCCUGGCCAUGCAAUAUCAGACUCACUGCCAGUCCUACACCAUCUUCACCCCAACACCACACUGCAUAACGGUCAAUUAUAUUAUCUAGUGCCUCUGCCACAUCCUUCACCAAAAGCUACAAAGAAGAAGGUGAGGUUUGCUGAACCAGAAGUAGCAGAAGGUGCUCAUGAAAGUGGCGUGGUUAGGAUUAAGCUUGUUAUUAGUAAGCAAGAACUGCAUGAUAUUCUGCAAAAGGAAGGGAUUUCUAUUCACGAGAUGUUAUCUCUAGUUCAUGGUGAAAAGGGAUUUGAUGGUCAAGAUGAGUGUAAAAAAUGUGACGAUGGUUCUCAAGGUUGGAAACCAGCGUUAGAAAGCAUUGCUGAAGUAAACUAG